AUGUUUAAAGUAGAAGAAAAAGGAGCUGCAGAUGGAAGAGAUGAUUAUACGGAAGAUGGGACUGUGGACAUCAAGGGCAAUCCUGUCUUAAGAUCGAAGUCAGGAAGAUGGAGAGCCUGUUCCUUUAUGUUAGGGUAUGAGGUGUUUGAGAGGAUGGCAUACUAUGGGAUAGCAUCAAAUCUAGUUUUGUAUUUGACAAGGAAGCUCCAUGAAGGCACUGUAACAUCUUCAAACAACGUCACCAACUGGGUUGGUACUGUCUGGAUAUUGCCUAUUUUUGGUGCUUACAUUGCAGAUGCUCAUCUGGGAAGAUACUGGACUUUUGUCAUUGCAUCAGGAAUUUAUUUACUGGGAAUGUCCCUAUUAACCCUGGCUGUUUCGGUGCCUGCCCUGAGGCCUCCAUCCUGCGGUCAUGGCACCAAAGAAAUGGGAUGUGACGAAACGGCGUCAGCCUUACAAAAGGGCAUAUUCUAUGGUGCACUAUACAUAAUAGCAGCUGGUACUGGUGGAACCAAGCCUAACAUCUCUACCAUGGGGGCUGACCAAUUCGACAAUUUUGAACCCAAGGAAAGGGAACAUAAGCUUUCAUUCUUCAACUGGUGGAUGUUCAGUAUUUUCUUUGGCACCCUUUUCUCAAACACAUUCUUGGUAUACAUACAAGACAAUGUAGGUUGGGCCCUUGGCUAUGGCCUUCCUACCUUGGGGCUUGCGCUUUCGAUCAUUGUGUUCUUGACAGGCAGUCCAUUCUACAGGCACAAAUUUCCUGCAGGGAGUCCAUUCACCAGGAUUGUAAGAGUACUUGUCGCUGCUAUUAGGAAAUGGAAGGUUCCUGUCCCAAAUGACCCAAAAGAGCUUCAUGAACUCGGUAUAGAAGAGUAUGCUAAAUCUGUCAAAUAUAGAAUUGACCACACCAAUUCCUUAAGAUUACUUGACAAAGCUGCUGUAAAGACCGGACCAACCUCACCUUGGAUGCUUUGUCCUGUGACCCAAGUUGAAGAAACCAAACAAAUGAUAAAAAUGCUGCCUGUUUUGGGAGUCUCAUUCAUACCUAGUGCCAUGGUAGCUCAAUUAAGCACAUUAUUCAUCAAACAAGGCACAACCUUAGACAGAAGCAUGGGACCCCAUUUCGAAAUCCCUCCUGCAUGUCUGGGAGCAUUCGUGACUAUCUUCAUGCUGAUAAGCCUUGUCUUGUAUGAUCGUUUCUUGGUACCAAUAGCUAGGCGCUAUACAAAAAACCCAAGAGGGAUUAGUUUGCUGCAAAGAUUGGGGAUUGGUCUAAUCUUGCAUAUUAUUGUCAUGAUCAUAGCUUUCCUAGCUGAAAGGAAAAGACUUCAUGUUGCAAGAGAGCAUAAUAUUAUAGGUAAACAAGAUGUAGUGCCUCUCAGCAUUUUUAUUCUCCUCCCUCAGUAUGCUUUAGUAGGGAUUUCUGAUACUUUUUUGGAAGUAGCCAAGCUAGAGUUUUUCUAUGACCAGGCACCGGAAGGUAUGAAAAGCUUAGGGACUUCAUAUUUCUGUAGCAGCAUUGGAAUUGGGAGUUACCUUAGCAGCUUUAUCCUGUCAACAGUUUCUGACAUCACUAAGAAGAAUGGCCAUAAAGGGUGGAUUUUGGAUAAUCUAAAUCUCUCUCGCAUAGACUAUUAUUAUGCAUUCUUGGCCAUCUUGGGCUUCCUCAACUUCCUCCUCUUUUUGAUUGUGGCAAAGAACUUUGUUUAUAAAGGCGACAUGGACUCCAAAAGGGAUCUGCAGGGAGCAAUGGAAACUUCCUCCAGCAAAAGUCCAGUGCAAGACUCGUAG